AUGUCGAACACACAGGUUGGCCCUGUCUACGACACCAUCAUCGCUGAAGUCAUCAAUGCCGUGCGUGUCGAUUUCGAGGAAAAUGGCGUCGACGAUGGCGCGCUCGAGGAUCUAAAAAAGACAUGGCAGCACAAGUUAUCGCAAAUGGACCUGGCCCAGUUCCCAUGGGACCCAAAGCCUGACCCGCCGGCCACUCUCUCGGCGGCUAGUGGACCGCCGACAGCCACGCCCGUAACGGCCGCCUCGUCCAACUAUGCCCAAACCGCCGGUCAGGGCUUGUCUCUCCCGGGCGCGCCCAAUGGAGUGCCCAUGAAGCAAGAACCUGGUUUUGCCCCGGGCGAGCCCACCAUCAAACAGGAGCCGGGCGUUCAGCCUUCUCUUCAGGGCUACAACCCCGCGCUUGGCACCGCAGCCCAGCGAGCUGCUUUGGCUCUAGAAAGCCAGUACGGCCAGAGGGCCGCCGCAUCCAUCAGUGCCAUUCACAGCGGUAUGUCGCAGGUCAACCCUGCUGCUCCUCAGCAGCCACAACAGGGCCAGCGCCCCGGGCAGCAGCAGCAGGUACCCCAGCAUGUCAACCCGCAACAACAAUACCGGCAAGGCGUCGCCGCUAGCAUCCAGCAACGCAUGCAGCAGGUCCCCCGCCCAGGCCAGAAUGGUCUCCCUACCUCUCAGGUUGACGGUACACCCGAUGCCGCCGAGGACGAUACCAAAACGAUCAUCAUGGACCGCACUGAAAUCGACGCCUAUCUCCAUGCUCAGCUCGCGGCGAGGGGCAAGGAAAUGGAAGGAGGCGGCCUUAUGGUACCACUCAAGAAGGUCAAAAAAUCUGCCAAGGCUCGCCGUUCUGCUGAAAAGCGAGGCGAUGCCGAGGGGGUAGCCAACGUCGAUGGUGGUUUGGAUGACGACGUCAAGAGCGAAGAGGACGAUGAGGAUGCCAUCAACUCGGACCUCGACGACCCGGAUGAUGGAGCGGAUGAUGACGAGGACGAUGACGAGUCCAUGGGGCAUAUGAUGCUUUGCAUGUACGACAAGGUCCAGCGCGUCAAGAACAAGUGGAAGUGCACGCUGAAGGACGGCGUCCUCACUGUCAACGGCAAGGAAUACGUCUUCAUGAAGGCCACUGGCGAGUAUGAGUGGUAG